AUGAACAGUAUAUCCUUCUGCACACAGCCUGGCAGCGCCUAUCCCUGGAGUGCAGUGCGCCGGUAUAUCUUCGAAAACCAGGGCUUCAUGAAGCGAAUGUACGGUGAGAACAGACAGAGUCAGGUGGUUCGGGAGGAGAUUGCCCGCAUGAACGACCGCUACGAUGUCGUUGACAUUGCGGCAUUUCGCAGUGCCAAGAGUGAUUCGCUGAGCACCGUCAACGGGAAUGAUCUCAACGAAAGUGCCAACACCAACACUGAAAAGGACAUUGAGUUCGGACAGACGACCAGUGUGCUGCUCAAUGACACGGCAAUAUUUACAAACAACAGCAUCUCUGGUAGGGAGGCAGAGAAUGUGACCAGCAAUGUUUCAGAGGCUGAACCAGAGACGAAUCAGUACACUACCACUGCCACUGCUACUGGCGAGCACCUGACAAAAAGCGGCACCGAGGAUGGUGAGGUAGAAGUGCGAGAGGAGGAAAACAGUCCCACGACUCCAGCGGCAGACAUUGACAAUGCCGUCGCCUCUGAUGAGGCUCCCGAGAAGCCCGGCAAGGGCUACAAUGCCUGUCCCAUCACACAGGAAGUGGUGGCGCCCUACUGGGCCAACAACACCCGAGGCCAGACGCUGGCCCUGCUGAACGUGUACCCAUUCGAGCAGUACAUUCACUGGGAGAAGUGCGCUUUUGAGGGCGAGCAGAUGAACUGUCGGGAGGGCUGUCGCUGUGAGCAACAGUAUCGCCUGCACCGACUCCUGGCUUUUGACCCAAAGAAUGAGUGUCGCGGCAUCUUCUCCGACUGGUUUCGCUUUCCAGGCUGCUGUGUCUGCAUCUGCUAUGACAACCACGAGCGCAUCAACAAUCGAAAGGCCCGUCUCUAG